AUGUACAAGGCCAAGGGCAGGGGGGGUCCCCCUCAGCGGACCAGCAUCCUCAGUGCCUUGAAGGCGACGGAGAUGCUGGGUUCCAAGCCGACCCUCCCCGCGGCAGAGAUUCUCGUCGCCAUUCUCGACUACCUCCCCGUUUCCGACCUCAUGCGCGUUGCGCGGUGCUCCUGGCGCAUGCAGGAGAUGGUCUACGACGACACACGAUGGGUGGCCCGGUUGAAAAGCAUGGGGUGCUGGGACGAGGCCGAGGCGAGGCAGCACUUCGAAAACGCCAUGAGGAAGAGGCGCGAAGCCGCAGAACAGGCCAAGGCCGCGGCGAGACGACCUGGAGCGGGACCAAACGACGCGAACGCGCGACCUGCGGGGGACAUGACGAUAUUCGACGCAUCGGUGGAGGAGGACCGCCAGAAACGAAUGUUCGAGCUGGACGGGUUCGAGAAGUUGUCGCUGGCGCCCCCGCAGCCGGCGAGUGACCCGUUCAAGGACCCACAGGCGCUGCUGGACGUGAUCAAGAACUCGAGGAGCAUAAGAGGGCAUGCGCGGCAGAAUAUGGCAAGAUCUACGGCGCUCUGGGGCCGUUCUUACCAGGACCUGGCGAGGGCGAGGAGUCACACGGACCCGGUGUUCUUCGAGCUGUUGCUCAAGAAGGCCAACGAGCAAACGUCCAUUAUGGAACGCAUCUUUCCAGAAGCGGAAACCUCCUUUUGGGAGCUCAUCGAGAAGAUCCGAGACGACAUCAUUUUGGAAUACUCCACUUCCUUGUUUGAUGCGGCACAUCAGCGAAGCCUUGGGGCCUAUCUAAAGGCGGUGUCGGGUGUUUUCGAACAGACAAUGCUGUUCUUCCAGUCUUUGACGCCACCGAAACCCUCAAAAGAGACGAUCGAGACCAAGGCCAGGGAGAUGACCAUUAGAGUGUUUGAGCCGCACGUUGACCUUUAUCUGCAAGAGGAGCUGGACUUUUUCACCAAGCACGCCGAGUCAGAGGUCGGCACAUGGGAGAAGAGGUUAUCAGAGCAGGACGCCUCCGUCGAGUCAUUUUACAUGUCGAACAUCAAUCGCCAAGUUGAUAAGACGGACUUUUUGAGUUCAUUCAAAAAGGUCGUCAUGAUGCCUGUCAGCGUCCUUCCCAGCUUCCAGGCACCCUUUGGCAGCGGCGCAAAGCCCUCAACAGCGACGCCAGCCAAUGGUUCAGGGCUCAACACACCUCAAUUGUGUCGUCCUGAGACGCCGGGCGUCGGGGGGAGUACGAGCCUGGGACGGGCGGCGCAGUUCAUCCGACUCAAGGGCCAGUACGGCGAAGAAGCGCGCGAGCAGUGCGAGACCAUCUUUGUCGUUCUCCUGCGGAUUCUCGGGACGAAGCAUGUCCAGGUCGGUUUCGAGAAGGCUGUCGGGCAUCUCUCCAACUACAACCCGCGCGAGGUCAGCCACCACGACCAGUCGGGCGUGGCGCCGCUGGUGCAGUUUAUCGAGCUUGUCAACGUCGGCGACCUCAUCUCGCAGAUGAUUGACGUGUUCUACGAGCAGCAGCUCGCGGGCCCCAAGAUUGCCGACAAGAACGACUUUCUCGACCCGGCGGGCCUCGCCAAGCGCAAGUGGGAGCAGAUGCUCGACGAGAACGUGGCGGCGGGCCUCAACAAGGGCAUCGACGUGCUCAUGGACGAGGUCGAAUUCCUGCACGGCUCGACGCAGCUGCCGACCGACUACAACCCGCAGCUCGACGCCGCCAGCGGCAUCCUCGCGGACCCGGGCCCGACGGCGACGGCGCAGCGCAUCGUCGAGCUCGUGUCGGCGCACACGCGCAUGCUCGUCGGCAGCACGGACAAGUCGAUGCUCGACGUGUUCAACGGCGAGGUCGGGCUUCGCCUCUUCACGGCCGUCUGCAAGCACCUCAAGCGCCAGCGCGUCAGCACGGCCGGCGCCAUCAAGCUCAUCGCCGACAUGAACCUCUACUUUGAGUACAUACGCACGCUGCGCAACCAGGACCUGCUGGCCUACUUUAAGGCGCUGCGCGAGCUCAGCCAGAUCUACCUCAUUGAGCCGCAGCACGCCAAGGAGAUGGCCACCAUCAUCGCCGACGGUGACCGCUUUGGCGGCAUCUUCCGCGCCGAGGAGGUCUACGAGUACGCCCAGCGCCGCGCCGACUGGUACCAGGUCAAGACCAAGGUCGAGCGGGCCAUAAGCAUGAUGAAACCCACAAAACUCAAGAAUGGGAUCGGCGAAGGAGCGGGCGAGACCGAAAUCGGCGAGCUUGAUGUCGCCGUCGGCGGCGAUGAGCAGGUUGUUGGGCUUGAUGUCGCGGUGCAGGACAAAGUUCUCGUGGCAGAACCAGACGGCGCGGCAGAGCAUGCCCAUCCAGGCCUUGAUGUCGGCGGCGCCGUAGCGCACAUUGUCCGUGUCCUUGAUGAGCAUCUCGAGGUCGCCGAGGGGCAGGUACUCGAGCACGAGGUUGAGGUUCUGGUCCUUGGAGGAAAAGACGGAGAGCAGAGAGAUGAUGUUGGGGUGCUGGAGCUCCUGGAGAUGCUUGAGCUCGCGGACGGCGUCGGGGGCCAUGCCCUCGCGGUAUUCCUUCUGGAUCUUGAUCUUCUUGAUGGCCACGAGGGAGGCGGGGUCGGAUCGCAGGCGGCCGAGGAAGACGAUGGCAUAGGUACCCUCGCCGAGCUUCUUGCCCUUGAUGUAUUUUCUCUUCUCCUCCUCGUUCAUCUGCUCGGCGAGAUCGAGGGUAGGGGGCAGCGAGAUGGGCUUGGCGGGCUUGGCGGGCUUGUUGUCGUCGCUGCCCGUGGGCUGAGGCGUGGCGCUCGCCGAGGCCUGGUUGGACGAGGCAUUCUUGCGCGGUGA